AUGCGGGAUCGGCGGAGCUGGGGUAGACAGCACCGAGCUGCGUCUGAGCAGCCCAGGCGCCGGGACGGCCAGACCCGCCCCCGCGGCGCCGCCCCCGCUAGAGCGCCUUCCUGCUGCCGCCGCCGCCGAGGCCGGGCCAGGGUGCACCCCGGGCGCGGGGACGCACGGAACGGGCAGGAGUUUCCUCCGAGCGCGCGUCCGCCAGCCGGCCUCUCCCGCCCCCCGGCGCCCCUUCCUCUCCCCUCCCGGACCCGGGCUGCGCGGGGAGGGCGCAGGGGGCGGGCGGCGGCGGCGCGCGGAGGAGGAAAAGGAGAGCAAGAAGAGGAGCGUCCCCGGAGAGAAGCCCGCUCCAGCUGCAGCCGCAAGUCCCCUCCCUCCUUCCCGCCCUGUAAAUGCGGAGAUGGCGGCGGCAGCUGCGAAACGAAGCGCCGGUUCUCCAGCGCCACUCGGCGCUCCUACAACGUCCGCCAAGAGCAGGAGGAAACUGCCGCGGCGAGGCGGCUGCUGGGUCAAUACGCGCCCGCAGCCCUGGAGCAGAGCAGGCGGCUGGCCCCGCCCAUUCUCGACGCGCCGGGAUGGGGCGGGGGCUCAGGUGCCCAAUCACAGUGCGCCGCCCAACGGGCCCGCCCCGCACCCUCCUCCCUGAGCCCAGGCGGAGAGAAGACCUCGGACGGCUUUUGUGAACUGGCAGGCAGCCUGGGUGGAGGUGAGGCCCUCUGAGGCCUUCAGACGCCAGCAGCCCACGUUCCACAGAGUGCAUCUCGUGUUUUCUGCUGAUGUCAA